AUGAGCGGAAUAGAACCAUUUCAGUUCGAACCAGUGUAUCAGCCUGGAGAAGAACCACCUCAGGAAGAGAGUGUAGGACAGGAGGUAGAAGCCCACGAAGAAGACAAUACUUCGAGGAUGGGAAACACCGAAUGGUGUUUGUGCGGCGCUUGUGCGCUUAUGCCGGUGGCAAAUGAAUGUUACUGCUGCCAAGAACUAGAGGAGCUUAAUCAAAAGUUCGACAAUUCAGGUUUGUACUUAUUAUGUGAUUAUUCUCACGAGUAUUUUGUUUGAAGCGACCGCUUCUUUGCUAAGAGUGACAAAAGGUGGACAAUUGCAAACUCGAUCUUAGUUGUAAUUACAAUUACAAGGUUUGAUGGAUGAAAAUUAUUGAAACAGUGAGGGAAAUAAAAUGUUAAGACUUUUUUCUUCUUGAUAGGUGUUAGAUGUUUAACAGAACAUCCGAAAUUUGGUAUUGUUUGCUUGGACACGGAUGUUUUGAGCACGGCAUUGGUUGCAAUCCACAAUGCGCGGCUCAAUCCAAUUCCCGACCCUAUCGUCAACAGGUAAACUGUCUUUUUCUUUCUUAUUUUGUACGCGUAAUUAAGUCAAUCGCUUUUGUGACUUUAUAUCCUCUUGUUCUCUAGAACUUGGCGUUUGGUAGCCUACAGACAAUUUACUUGGUGGGCACAUGAGGUAUUAGGAAAAAACCGGCGGAGAAUCGUGCCAGCAUGCGUCGUCACGGCCAUACGUAAAACAUUUCCAGAAGAGAGUGGUAAUUACGUGGGGUUUCGAGAAGCAGAUCUGGAACUUUGA